GUAUUGUCCAUCUGUUCGAGGCUGCAGUUCAUGACGAGUCCCUCUUUCCACCUCGCUGCUGCAUGCAGGAGAUCUCGAUCAGUAUUGUCAAAAACGUUUUGAAACCCGAGCUCACCAAAAGGGUCGAGGAAAAAGCUGCGGAAAAGGCAGAUCUCGAUCGUACAUAUUGUGCUGAUUCCUCCUGUUCCAAAUACAUUCUUCCCCAGUUCAUCGCCGAAAAGGUCGCCACUUGUCCUGUUUGCAAGCACAAGACUUGUUCCCUUUGCAAGGAGACUACCCAUGAAGGGGCUUGCAAAGAGAAUAAAUAUGACAUGCUGCUGCAACUGGCAAAGAAGCAGGGCUGGCAGCGAUGCAAGCAGUGUCGCACCCUGAUUGAGCUCAAGUCUGGCUGCAGCCAUAUCACGUAUGUCUUGUCCUAUCCUUCUUCCCUCCCCCACAUAGAGUAUACUGACACUAUUCUCAUCAGCUGCCGCUGCGGCUUUGAACUUUGCUAUACGUGCGGACAAAGGUGGAAAACUUGCGGCUGCGACGUGAGAGACGACAACCCGAUGACCCCCGAAGAAAAUGAAGAGGAUGUGCUCAUUCCUUUUCAAACCAUGCCUGGCAGCAUCGAGGAUGGCUGGCCUUUCCCUGCUACUGGACCGGUCUCAGCGGCAGCUCCUACCAAUGAUACUAGCGCUGCAACCUCCUCAUCGGCAGCUCCUACCGAUGACGCCGUCGCCGGUCCCUCCUCUGCCGCGGGUACCAACCAGACCUCGACUUUCUCUAUGGAAUUCCCCGAGUUGGACGACGAGAUUGUUGCCCGGGCCCGCGAGCGCAUCUUGCAAGUUGCCAGGGAGGGCUUCCAUGCUCGUGGAGGCUGCGACCACGAGGCUGGUUGGCGGUACAGACGCGAAGGGCCGUACUUCUGUGAUCCCUGCGAGGAGUCUUGCGGUCAGUUCGUCAUGCAGUGCCGCGAGUGCGGUCUUCGAACCUGCCAUGCUUGCUGGAUGGAACUCAGUCGCCAGAGAUAAAUCUCCCUUGCGUCCAUCAUCUCCUUUUCGUCAAGCCGGAGCGGUUUCCAACAAGUCUUCACAGAUUAUCUCUUGAGUGCAUUCUGGUGAAUUUCUGGCGCGUUUUUGAUUCGGUUCUCUAGCAGGUCUGAUUGCAUUCUGAAUUCUUGACUUCUUUGUUCCUUCAUUCUUUCUUUACUGGCAAGUUUGUGGUUUGUGGAUUGGUGUCUAAGGGAUGAAGGACGUG